AUGUCUCACCAUAAUGACUCUGGAUUGAUACCCUUUGAUCCAAAAGGUUCUAAUGGGGUUCAGGCUGCUCCUCAGUAUACCAUUCCUAAAGAAUAUGAAGAAGAAAUGAUAGAUAACGCUGAGGAUAUUGACCCGCUCGAGGGAAGUAUUGUGAGUUCCAAACCCAAGGAAUCAGACUAUCAUAAAAGGAAGUACGAUAAUCUGAUGAAUAUUAAUCUUACACAACAAGAAAGAACUUACAAGGAUCGUAUGAAAGAAAGACAACUUGAUCGACAGGAGGAAGAUAUUCAAAAGCUAUUAAAACAAAAACAGGAACAGGCAGAUCAAAAGUUCAACGAUGCAAAGCCAGAAAAUCAACCAACCAGAAAAAGGAAAAAGAGAUGGGAUGUAAAGUCUUCCGAAGGAGACUCUGUUACGGUCAACAUAUUGCCGGUUAUAAAUGGCAUCGAGUUGAACAAUUCUAUUCUUGAUAAAAUUUUACCAAAUGGAUAUACGAUAGUGGAACCGCCUCUUAGUUACAAGCCUCUGAAUGACCUGCCACCAGAUUAUAAACAAGAAGAUCAAGGAUAUUUACUACCUGAGGAAAGCACAUUAGCAUUGGAGAAUAAGGCGGUAGAAACUGCUCAAGAGUUGGCUAUCGAGAACUUAGGAGAGAAGGAGAAGAAGGUUCACACUCUCAUCUCAAAUAUAAUAGAAGGGGCUAGCAACAUGAGAAAACCAGCUUUAAGGCAACUGACAGAAAAUGCCCGUACUUUUGGUGCCCAGGCUAUUUUUGAUCAACUACUUCCUCUAUUCAUGAAACGAAAUUUGGAUGAACAUCAAAGACAUUUACUUGUAAAGAUUGUAGGUAGAGUUCUUUACCAAUUGGAUGACUUGAUAAGGCCUUAUACUUAUAAAAUAUUGGUUGUGAUAAUGCCAUUGUUGAUUGAUGAGGAUUACUAUACGAGAAUUGAAGGAAGAGAGAUUGUUGCGAAUCUCAGUAAAGCAGCUGGACUGGCUCAUAUGAUUUCAACCUUACGACCAGAUAUAGAUCACUCUGAUGAGUACGUUAGAAAUACUGUAUCUAGAACGUUUGCGGUGAUGUCGUGUGCUUUGGGAAUACCGGUAGUUCUACCCUUUCUAAAAGCUGUGUGUAACUCGAAAAAGUCCUGGCAGGCAAGACACACAGGAAUGAAAAUUGUACAGCAAAUAGCAAUCCUUGCAGGAUCAGGAGUAUUACCUCAUUUGAAUGGUUUGGUAGCGGCUAUUAGCAAAGGUCUUUCAGAUGAACAUGUUCAUGUGAGAACGAUUGCAGCACAGGCAGCUUCAGCCUUGGCUGAAUCAUCAGCUCCUUAUGGAGCAGAAAGCUUUCAACAGAUUCUAGAUGAGCUUUAUAAAGGAAUCAGAAGACAUAGGGGGAAAGGACUGGCUGCCUUUUUAAAGGCAAUAGGGUAUAUCAUACCGCUAUUGGACCCUGAUUAUGCCGAUUACUAUGCCAAAAUGGUUUUCAAGGUUCUAAUCAGAGAAUUUGAAUCACCAGACGAAGAAAUGAAAAGAACGUGUCUCAAAGUGCUUCAGCAGUGUUGUGACACUGAAGGUAUUGAGAAACAGUACUUAAUUAUUGAAGUUAUAGGCAGUUUCUUCAAAAGCUUUUGGAACAGAAGAACUGCUUUGGAUCGACGAACUGCAAAGCUGUGUUGUGAGACAACAUUCCAUCUCUCCAAGAGAGUCGGUGCAGGAUUGGUUCUGGAUAAUAUUCUGGUGCACUUAAAGGAUGAAUCAGAGCCAUUUCGUAGAAUGACUGCAGAAACCUGCUACAAGGUUGUUCAGUCAUACGGAACUGCGGAAUUAUCUGACAAAUCAGUCGAUCAGUUGUUAGAUGGUAUUUUAAUUGCUUUCCAGGAGCAAGUUAUUCAAGACAAUGUUAUUCUGAAAAGUUUUUCAGUCAUCAUAAGUUCGUUGGGACUGAGAAUAGGUGUCCAUUUACCCUCAAUAGUGAGUAUCAUCUUGUAUCGACUGAAAAAUAGAGAACCGGAACCUCGAAGGCAAGCAGCUUCGUUGAUCACGGUUGUGGCGCCAGUAAUAAAGAAAUGUGGGAAUGAGGAUAUGCUGCUCAAGCUUGGCUCUGUUAUCUAUGAGUCUUUGGGUGAGGUGUACCCAGAUGUUCUCGCAUCCAUUUUGGAAGCGAUGAAAGCGGUGAUUGCAGUAGUUGGGGUUGAAAGCAUGAAUCCACCUAUGAGCCAAAUUUUGCCAACCUUGUCUCCAAUUUUGAGAAAUAGAAAUGAAAUGGUUCAAGAGACAGCAAUUGGCCUCAUAGGAAUGAUAGCUCAAAGAGCACCAGAGUAUGUUAACGCCAGAGAGUGGAUGAGAAUUUGUUUUUCUCUCGUCGAAAUGGUCAAAUCUCAAAGGAAAAGUAUAAGAAAGGCUGCCAAUAGGACCGUGGGAUACAUAGCCGUGGCCAUUGGCCCUCAAGAUGUCCUUGUCACUUUGCUGAAUAAUCUGAGAGUUCAAGAUCGACAAUUAAGGGUGUGCACGGCUGUUGCUAUUGGUAUUGUGGCAGAAAGUUGCGCACCAUUUACAGUGUUGCCAGCCUUAAUGAAUGAAUAUCAAACCGUUGAAAACAAUGUUCAAAAUGGUGUUUUGAAGGCUUUGGCAUUCAUGUUCGAAUCGAUUGGGUCCAUGGGAAAGGAUUAUAUAUAUGCUACGCUUCCAUUAAUUGAAGACGCAUUGACGGACAGAGAUUUGGUGCAUCGUCAGACUGCAGCGAACGUAGUCAAGCAUAUGGCAUUGAAUAACGUUGGAUUUGGGCUGGAGGAUGCUUUCAUACAUUUUCUUAAUUUGCUGUGGCCCAAUAUUUUCGAAACUUCCCCACACGUUAUUGCUAGAAUACUAGAGGGUAUUGAAGGUUGUCGAAACGUAAUUGGGUGCGGAAUAGUGAUGAAUUACACGUUAACUGGACUUUUCCACCCUGCACGUAAAGUUAGAGACUCCUAUUGGAAAGUUUACAACCCAAUGUACGUGCAAAGUUGUGACAGCAUGGUUCCAUACUAUCCUGAUUUCAAAGAUCAAAUUCUUACUAAAGACACUGAGCAAGUUACACCGACUGUAAUUGAAGAGCUCGAUAUAUGGGUAUAG